AUAAAGAAGCAUAUUCUUGUUUGCACUUCUGGCUCCUUGGAUUAUUCUCUCUCAUGGGUUUGAAAGUGAGCACCUUUUGCAUUCUUUACAUCGUAAAAUCGUAAAAACAAAUGCAUGUAGCGUAGAAUUAGGCACGGGUAUCCAUUAUUUUGUUUUGAGUUGUGUUAACUCCAAACACAUUGCGUUAUGUGUCAGGUUAUCGCUUCGAGGGCAAAGUCAACAGCAAUGCUUGGUCUGAUGUGAGUACCAGGGGGUCUAUUUAGCUGCUAAACCCUUGAUAAUACCAAAAGUGUUGAGGCGAGGGGAAUAGGCAUAUUUGCCAUGGACUGUGAUGCAUAUUAGUUAUAUCCACAUGUUUAUAUCCUCUACACCUCUGCCAUCCCUAAAACCCGAUACUCUUCUCCACACCACCAGCUGGUUCCAGGCUGACCUCCAUCUGGCACUUGAGCCAUUCAGAUCAGUGUACAGAGCCAAUAGGUCUGUGGCUUCGCGGUCAGCAUGGGCCUCCUCUCCGUUCUCCAGCACCUUGAGAACCAAGAGACAAACAAGGAUUACCGUUUGUGAACUCUGGCUCUGCAUUCGACAUCAUUGCACAACGACUGCACGGGCGAACACUCAAAGCUGAACAUGUCCAGCUGCAUUUCUCAAUGGAUCACGGACUUACUGACCACAAUAUGAAUUUGGGUCGACGCAUUUCAGACUCUUUAUCCCCCAACACCGCUCUCACCCCUCCUCUGCAACAGCCACGGUGCUGAGAUGUCUGAGCCGGUUGCCCAUGGUCACCAUGGGCCAAUGAAACGGCUCAGUACCAUGUUCUCCUACCUCCAGGAGAAGAUCCAGAGAGACUGGAGUGAUAGAGACUUGACCCAGCCUCCACCUCCUACCUCGGACAUCACUAUGCACUCGGCCCUGGACCAUAGUCACAACUUCUUUGAGUACCUGGUUGUCGUGAGCCUAAGGAAGAAGGGGGAAGGGACGUACGAACCGCAAAUCACGUAUCAGUUCCCCAAGCGAACUGAUAUGAGGAGCUCGCAGAAAGAAGAAGAAGAGAAGUCCCUGAAAGCUAUCCUCCUUUUCUGUUUCCCAGAGGGGAUCAACUGGGCCCCUCUCACUGAAUACUCCAGUGAGACCUUCUCGUUUGUACUGACAGAGGUUGACGGCAGUAGGAAGAAUGGCUACUGCAGGAGAUUACUGCCCAGUGGAAAAGGUGCACGGGCCCCUGAGGCGUAUUGUAUCAUCAGCCGAGUGGCCUGUUUUGGACUGUUCUCCAAGAUCUUUGAUGAGGUGGAGAAGCGCCGGCAGAUCUCCAUGGCAAUGAUCUAUCCAUUUAUGCAGAGCCUGAGGGAGGCACCAUUCCCUGCUCCUGGGAACACCGUCAAGAUAAAGAGCUUCAUACCGGAGUCCGGAACAGAGAUCAUCAGUCUGACGAGGCCCCUAGACUCGUGGUUGGAGCACGUGGACUUCCGGACACUAUUCCGCUGUCUCAAAGAUGAGGAGGUGCUGCAGGUGUUUGCCUCCGCUGUGCUCGAACGGCGAAUCAUCUUCAUUGCUGAAGAACUCAGUACCCUGUCCCAGGUGCUGCAUGCGGUGGCAGCGCUGCUCUACCCGUUCACAUGGCAACACACCUUCAUCUCCAUUGUCCCCUCAGUGCUGAUUGACGUCGUCAUGGCACCCACUCCCUACCUGCUUGGGGUGCAAAGGCACAAAUUAGAUGAAGUAAUCGACCAGAGUGACAUGCUCAUUGUCGAUCUUACAGAAGGAGCUGACAACACAUUCAUUACCUGUAUCGGAGAUGAGAGCACCAUUCUACCAGAGAAACUGCAGAUGGAGCUUCUCCAGGAGUUGCGUUGCAAAAGAGACAACUCCACCUCAGAGGAGCUGAAAAAGGUGGUCUCGGAGGCGUUCCUGUCCUUCUUUGUGAAGACUGUGGGACACAUCUCUUCCCAUGUGAAGAGUUGCAACAGCAGGCAGCCUGGUGUGUUCCAGAAGAAGAGCUUCUGCAAGGCCAUUGAGUCAAAGGCUGUUCGCCAUUUCGUCAAGCGCUUCAUCCAGACGCAGAUGUUUGAUCUCUUCAUUCAGGAAGUGGAAAGACAGCCAACACAGGAAGGAGUCUUCCACAAAAAAGUUCUGGAGGACCAAGAAAGUAAAAAGAAAGAGAAAGCAAAUAGAGUCUGGAUGAAAGGACGUGUGGUGUGAGGGGUCUCAGACAGCCUUUUUCUUCUGUGAUUCUCAUGUUGUAUCUUAUAAAAUCUAAUAACCUUAGACUCGCUUUACGGGUUGCUGCUGUGUUAAUGGAGUCUGCAGUAUUUUUCUUUUGCCUUUAAAAGCUGUUGGGUAUGUGUUGAGUGAAUGCGUGCAAAAGAUGAAGACACUGAAAAGGUUGUCUAUGUUUCUAGGUUCAUAGAAAAUUGGUGUGUUACUUCUGUCACAAAAUACAGGCAAGAUGUUGAAAAAGGUUUAUUUAUUGUGUUUUGUUGUUACUUAAAAUUCAUUCAUUCACAACUGUACAUACUACUGGCAGAGUAGUGCAGUGUUUUACAAUUUUGGCAACUGGGUUUCUUUAUUAUAAAUUGUUGUUUUUAUUGUUGUACUGUAUUUAAGCUGUUUGUGUGAAUGUGAAAAGUAAAUGUGUGAAAAAUACAUUUUGGUAAAUAUGAAUAAAGGUUUGACUAAU